AUGAAGCUGUUGCGAAAAAGAUCAUGCCGGAUCUUAACCAUAAGAUUAAAGAUUUCCAAUAUCAUACAUGGCAUAUCACUGAUUGGAAAAAUUUAGAAAAUAGGGUAUUUGGUCCUGAAUUUAAGGCUGGCGGCUGGAAUUGGCGCCUUUUACUUUUUCCUUAUGGAAAUUUUAACUAUUAUAAUAAGGACCACGUUGGUAUUUAUUUAGACUUUGUUAAUCCAAAAGACGGGUUGCACGCUUCUGCGCAGUUUGCUUUAGUCUUAUGGAAUCAAGAAGAACCAACGAAAUUUGUUAGUCAUAAUUCGUAUCAUUUUUUUGCUAUUGGAGAUAGAGAUUGGGGUUUUACCGAGUUUUACGAGAAAGAUAAACUAUUUAUCCCAUCAGAUAAACUAACUCGUCCACUAAUUGAAAAUGACUCUUGUAAUAUUACGGCUCUGGUUCGUGUUUUUGAAGAUCCUAAAUAUAUAGGUUUAAAAUAUUAUGGAAUAAAUACUUUCAUAAACUCGGUGUUGCAAUUACUUUACCAUAUAAAAAGUUUCCGUAAGGCUGUAUAUCAAAUUCCUAUAGAAUGUGAUAAACCAGCAAAAAGUAUCACUUCAGCUUUACAGCGGAUUUUUUAUCAAUUAAAUGUUUCAGACACAGUAGUUGAAACAACGGAAUUAACAAAAUUUUUUGGAUGGAAUACGUUUAUCAUGGAUGAUGUUCGAGAGUUCAUUAAAGUACUGCAAGACGAUCUUGAAGAUAAAAUGAAGAAUACAAAAGCUGAUGGUAUAAUUAAUAAACUCUUUGUUGGUACUAUAAAAACUUAUAUUAAAUGUGACAAUGUGGAUUAUGAGUAUCUAUAUAUUGAAGAUUACUAUGAUAUUCAGUUUAGUGUUAAAGAAAGUGAAUCUAUACAUGAUUCAUUUACAAGAUUUACACGAGAAGAAAGUCUGGAAGGAGAUAAUAAAUAUGAUGCAGAACGUUAUGGCUUGCAAGUUGCUAAAAAAAGAGUAACUUUUGAAAGUUUUCCACCUGUAUUGCGCAUAUAUUUAGAAUAUAAUGCAAGUGAUGUGAAGUCAAAACGUCAAUACGAAUUUCCCGUAGAAAUUGAUUUAGAAAAAUAUUUAUCACCAGAUAAACCAAGAUCGGACAAAUAUCGAUAUUUACUACAUGGAGCACUAGUUCAUGAUAAUGCAACAAAUAAAUAUUAUUCAUAUAUAAGGCCUGAAUUAAAUCAAGGAUGGAUAAAGUUUAAUAAUAAUCGAGUUACUCCAGAAUCGAUUAGCGAAGUAAUUCAGCCAUAUAUGUUAGUGUAUAUUCGUGAAUGUUAUGUCGAUGAAUUAUUGUCUCCAAUACUUCCUAAAGACAUACCGAAAUAUGAAGAAAAUAGCGAUUUGUAUAUGCAAACAUGGGUUGUGACCGAAGAGACAUUUAAAAGCCACAGAGGAUUAGGCCUUGUUGAUUUCAAUAAUGAACAAUAUCCAUUUUCUGAAGGUUUUAAAUUUAAAUUUUUAAAAGAAAGCACUUACGAUGAUUUUAAAAAGAUGGUCUCUGUAAAAUUUGAAAUUCCCAUUGAACAAAUAAAGUUCUGGGUAAUUAAAAAUCGACGAAAUAAAUCUAUUAGACUACAUAAACCUGUAAUUGACAAUGAUUUUCUUGGAAAAUCAAUGGAGGAAGUGAAAACGGAAUUAACAAUACUAGAUGACGAAUUGAUAUUAUAUAUGGAAAUAUUGGAAAUCCCAAUUAAUAUCAAUGAUAAUUUUUUACCUACUAAAUCUUUAAAGACUAAUGAGAUUAUCAUCUUUCUUAAAUAUUUUAAUACGGAUACACAAUCUUUAGAGAAAGCAAACCUUUCUACCAGUGAUAUACAUAGUAGAAUAGAUAGUAUCUUUCCUAUUCUUUGUAAGAAGAUGAAAUUCUCACCUAAAACGCUUUUUGAUAUAUAUGAAGAAUAUGCACCAGAUAUGAUUAAUAAGUUGAUAUCAAGAUAUACUUUUAGAAUGUCUGGGAUGCAAAAUGGUGAUAUAAUAUGUUUUCAAAAAACAUUAACAAAAAGAGAGAUUCAGAAGUUUAUUUUUACAGGCCACAUCUAUAAUAUUCUUCAAUUUUAUGAAUCAUUAUCAAUGAAUAUUAUCGUUCAGUUCAAAUCAAAAUUCGGAUAUAGGGAUCCGAUACCUGAAUUUAACUUAGUUUUAAAUAAGGAUAGCACUUUUAAAACUGUUGCUAAACAAGUCGCUAUUUAUCUUAAUACCGAUCCUUUGAGGUUGCGUUUUACUUCAGUAGAUUUAUACGGAAAACCAAAAAUAGAGAUUGACGGAACGAUUAAUCAAAAAUUAUCAGAGAUACUACAACCUGCAAUGU